AAGUGAUGAAAAAUAAAAUAGUAGUUUUAAUUUUUUCUUAGCUGGCAACUGCGUAUUCGCGCUUACUCCGUUGCUAACUUCAUUCAGGACAUUUGCAACCCUCAGAAUGUCAAAAGUAAAUAAAAAGAGUAUUUUGUGAAAUAAUUAAAAUUUAAAACACUAAUUACACGUUUUGCUAAUAUUUACCUACCUGCACCUAUUGUGUUACUAUUUACUAUUUUCACAUUGUAAGUGUUAUUUAUUAGUGUCGUAUACAAAUCUUAUUGGAAAAUUUCGCGAAUGAGAUCAUUUUACUGUGUAAAAAACAUUUUUCUUCUUGGGAAAGUUAUAUCCUUCUACAUUUUCAAGUACAAGACUUCCUACUGAAAUAUUAUUUAGUGUUCAUUUAAAUAUUGAGUGCUCUCUUUAAAGGUGCGAAUAUUGCCAGGGCGUAACCACUGCUCAGGCCGAUCGCAGGCUGUGUUUAAAAUGAUAUUUAUUAAUAUUUUCUGAAACAUAGCGAACAGUGUUUGUGUAAAAAAUGGCUGAGGACGAAGUGCUUUUCGACGAUGUGUACGAAUUGUGUGAGAUCAUUGGCAAGGGACCAUUCAGUUUGGUCCGUCGCUGUGUCCAUCGACAAACAAGCCAGCAGUUUGCUGUGAAGAUUGUUGAUGUGGCUCGCUUCACCGCUAGCCCAGGUCUCAGCACUGCUGAUUUGAAGCGAGAGGCAACAAUAUGCCAUAUGUUGAAGCAUCCGCAUAUUGUGGAGCUGCUGGAGACAUACAGCUCCGAGGGAAUGCUCUACAUGGUGUUUGAAUAUAUGGAUGGUUCGGAUCUCUGCUUUGAAGUUGUACGCAGAGCCACCGCUGGAUUUGUCUACAGCGAAGCUGUUGCUUGUCACUACAUGCGACAGAUCUUGGAAGCUCUGCGCUACUGCCAUGAGAAUGACAUCGUGCAUCGUGACGUCAGACCUCACUGUGUGUUACUCGCCGGGCGUGAUAACUGUGCUCCCGUCAAACUUGGAGGGUUCGGUGUAGCUGCCCAGCUACCUACUCCAACUGCUAAUCGGGUUCAACCUGAACUGGUGAUGGACACUCGCCCGCUAAUGGGUCCGAUGGGCCAAGCGUAUCUCAAAUCAGACGAGUACGGACGCAUUGGAACACCCCAUUACAUGGCUCCGGAGGUCGUUUCCACCCAGCUUUACGGCAAACCAGUCGAUGUAUGGGCUGCUGGCAUAUUGCUACAUGUUCUACUGGUCGGCUAUUUACCCUUUACUGGGACAAGAGAACGACUGUUUGAAUCUAUUUGCCGUGGACGAUUGAGGUUGGACACACCUCUAUGGGAUGAUAUCAGCGACGCCGCUAAAGAUCUAGUGCGGCGUAUGUUAAACAUCGAUCAUACUCAGAGAAUCAACAUACAAGAAGUCCUCAAUCAUCGCUGGAUAAAGGAUCGGGAACACCAAAAUCGAAUCCACUUGGCUGGUACAGUGGAAGAACUGAAGAAGUUCAACAGCCGACGUCGACUUCGCGCGGCUACACUGGCGGCCGCCGCGGCUGAUGAUGAAGAGGAUGAGGAACAACCUGCGCGCCGCGCUGUCAUGCUUGAAGAGGCUAAUGCUGCAGCUGUUAAUCUGAUUGUCGAGUCUUUGGAUGAUGUGGCAGUGCUGCAAGAUGGUCCAACGCUGAUGGAUGUCGAUCUAUUUCUCAGUGUUCUCGAUGAUUUGCAACUUCGAGCUUUGCUGGAGAUCUACGACCGUAUAGCGAGCACGGUAGUAGUAACGAGCGGGCGCGCCCCCGCGGCAGAAGGUCGCGCGCGCUGUCGGCAGGCGCUGGAGGCGGCCACCCGCCUGCGGCACGCCGGGCCCGCGCCCGCCGCCGCCACGCCCGCCACCGCCGCCGCCAUACACGAGAUACGACGCCUGCUGGCCCUGCCACACAUUAAGGCCCUACUCCAGGCGCAUGAUGUGGUGGCCCGAGAAGUGUACGGCGAGGAGUCUCUGCGGGCGUCACCACCGCCAGUCAAUGGCCGUACCACUGCACCACCACCCGAAGAUGAGGACGACACAGAACCUGAGUUCGAGAACGUGACCAGGGUGCGCCUCGUGCAGUUCCAGAAAAACACCGACGAACCUAUGGGCAUCACACUAAAAUUAGCUGACGAUGGACGAUGCAUCGUAGCCCGCAUCAUGCACGGAGGGAUGAUACACAGACAGGCGACGUUACAUGUCGGCGAUGAGAUCAAAGAGAUCAACGGUACGCCCGUCGCCAACCAGUCCGUUGCCCAACUACAGAGAAUGCUGCGAGAAGCUCGUGGAUCGGUGACAUUUAAGAUCGUGCCCUCAUAUCGUUCAGCGCCGCCACCAUGCGAGCUUUUCCGGAUAAAGCCUUCGCCCGUGCUAAUUUUCGUGAGAGCGCAAUUUGAUUACGAUCCAUUAGAAGAUGAAUUGAUUCCGUGCGCUCAGGCCGGCAUCGCUUUCAAUACUGGUGAUAUUCUGCAGAUCAUCAGCAAAGAUGAUUCUCAUUGGUGGCAAGCUCGCAAGGACGCCUCUGGCGGUUCAGCUGGUCUCAUUCCUAGCCCUGAACUCCAGGAAUGGAGAGCAGCAUGCGCUGCCGCAGAAAGAUCUAACACCGAUCAAGUCGGAGCCGAGGGGUGCGUGUCCCAUACCGACGGUUGUGAGAAUACAGUUAACUGUUCCAUAUUUGGACGUAAGAAAAAGCAGUCGAAAGACAAAUAUCUAGCGAAACACAAUGCUGUGUUUGAUCAACUCGACGUUGUGACUUAUGAAGAAGUUGUGAAGUUGCCAUCAUUCCAAAGAAAGACUAUCGUGUUGCUGGGCGCCCACGGCGUUGGUCGACGACACAUAAAGAACACUCUCAUUGCGCGACACCCAGACCAAUAUGCUUAUCCUAUACCACACACUACAAGACCACCUAGAACCGAUGAAGAAAACGGCCGACACUAUUACUUCGUUACCCACGAAGAAAUGAUGGCUGAUAUUGCGGCUAACGAAUAUUUGGAAUAUGGUACUCACGAAGACGCAAUGUACGGCACCAAGCUAGAGACAAUUCGUCGCAUACACUCUGAGCGUCGCAUCGCCAUAUUGGACGUGGAACCGCAAGCUCUGAAGAUUUUGCGCACUGCAGAGUUUGCGCCCUACGUCGUCUUUAUAGCUGCGCCUCCGCUCAACAAUGUUGCUGAUUACGACGGCUCCCUAGAAGUGUUAGUCCGUGAAUCAGAACAGCUCCGCCGCACCUACGGUCACUACUUCGACUUGACAAUCGUCAAUAAUGACAUUGAUGACACUCUAUCUCAACUGGAGUCGGCCCUUGUACGACUUCGCUCAACGCCCCAAUGGGUCCCAGUUUCAUGGGUCUACUGACAAUCUGAUGACGAAUCUCCGUAAGAUCAACUAAGGAAUACUGGACUUUUAAUCAGUUUCAGACUCAUUUUCUUACUAAUAUGUUUCUAUUACGGAUUGACUCUUGGGCUUCCUAAAGGAAUCUUUUACUGAUCAAUUUAUUAUUAAGAAUGUUUAGCAUUUUAUUCAAUUCACACUAAAGAUUUUUGAUGACAUUUCUAUAGUAUAAGAUUCGAUUUUGAUUCUAUAUGCACUGAAAUCGUUAACAAUAAAGUCCAUAUUCCUUAAUCUUACUCUGAUGAUUAUUUUGAACCAAAGACCACUUUGAAUUGACACCAAAACAUCACACACGACACGAAGGCCGCUCCGGCCUUAUAGACUAUUAUAGAACACUUAAUAAUGUUCACUAAAUCUAUCGGAUAAUGAAUACUAUAAUUUCACAUCACACUCCACAGGCAUACGACACUUAUAAAUACGUUGCUAUCCUAUUUUGAAUAGAGCAAAAUCUUACUAUAAGACAAAAUAACAUUCUCGAUUAUUUACUGUGGUAACACAGAUUAUGGCUCAAUAGAUCUGAAUUAUCUCUAAUAGGCAUCUAGCGGCAAUGAUCGAGCAAAUCUUUGGUAUGGCCAGAUUAUUGUACGCUUGGGUUGCCAUUCUAAGUGGAGUAAUUUAGAUCAAUAUAUAAAAAAGACUUACAAGGUAAGCUAAAACGUCACAAAAGAGUUGACAACUCAGCGCUUGUUACUUUAAUGAGAUAAUAUAAUCUACAAUUUUAUUAAAAGACCUCAAUUAAUAUUAUUUACUUAAAUCAAGUAUUAAUUUCAAUUAUUGUGAUAAAAUAUAAUUGUUUAAAUUAAGUACUGUAAUUAAACUAAACAAUACUUUAUUAUGAGAAACACAAAGUCUAAAAUUGCGCUUGCAUUGUUAAUUUGGUGCAUGUUAGCUCAAUUUUACUAUUACGUGCCAAAUAAUACUACUUGAACAUUUUCGAGGAUAUUCAAUCACCUGCACAUGACACUACACGAUUUUUGGAACCAUGUACAUAAAUAUACAUUAGUACAUAAUCUAUAUUAACAAAAAACUAAUUCCUUAGAAAUGUACCGUAGCUCAAAAUGUUUACUUCGACAUUUAAACUUAAGAUCUAUUCUACCUUUAGUAAACUAUUGUAAAAUCUUGUCGUUUUCCAACUAAAGAAAUCGUAUUUUAUUGCACUGGGUGAUAGUUUAAAAAUAAUCGUCUAAAUGGCAACUCGUUAUACGAAUGGUAAAAAAAAUCGACUAAAAACUUAGAACUAGCACAUCGCUUUUCUAACAGAAUUGUAAAUAUAAUGCGAUUCUAUAAACGUGCUAUAAAAAGUACAAAAUAGACCCUGUACGAUUCCCAUGCAGUGAUACCUUUAGAGCAACUAGUUGCCUGAAUGCAAAAUUAGUUUUUUUGCUAAGUGACAUAGACGUUUCUAGAUUUUAACAGCGGCCAUAUUAAGACGCGUGAACUAUCUGACACAGUGUCCCUGUAUUCGUUAGUUGGAAACCGGUCUAUUGACUAUAUCACAGGAUUUAGAAUUCACAGGGUUGCAAGAAUCAUUAAUUAAUAGUCGAUUUUGUUUUUUCAUUAAUAAUUUCUACUUACAACUGUUUUGUAUUCGUACUUAUUGCUUUUAUUGUAAGCGUUUCUUGCGAUUGUUCUUAUUGAUAAGUAUAAUUUGAUUUUGAAUGGUGCCAUAGAAAGAUUACUUAUGAAUUGAUUGAAAGGGGUAAAACUCACUAUGUUAUAAUGUGAAUGCAUUGGAAAGUUAAGAAAGAAGAAUAUGUAUCAAUUCGACUCAAAAUAAUUAUCUCUAAACGACAAACGAUGCGUGAAGGAAUGAUGUGAUAGAAUUUUGACAAAUAACGUUUCAUAUCACAGUCUAUGUAACGAUACGCUCAAAAACGUCUGUGGCGCCAUCUAUGAAUAAUUUUCAUUAAACUUGUCACCAGUAUUUUCUCUAUUCUUCACAAGUUUGGUAGUGGCAAGAAUGUUAAGAAGUCCUAUUUGGAGCAAUUAUAAAGGACUUAUGUAAACGCCACGUCAAAAUGCAUACUUCGUUUAAUUUUUUUUCAUGGCUGCACUAAUACAUUCCUGUAUAUAACUAUAAUGAACGAGUAGUGAAAUUUUACUAUAUAAACUCUCACUGUUUCACUAAUUUUACUUUUAAAAUAUAAUUAGGCUAAGUAGGGUUCGUUGUAAGGGUUGAUUAUUAUUAUCGUGGAAUUGUUUUUCUUUUUUGGUAAUUUUUACCUUUGUUUUGUUUAUGGAAUGACAAGUAUGGAAAAUGCUCAAAAAUACAAUUAAAAAAUAUGCAAGGAACUAAAUUCAGGAGAGUAUCGACAAACUCUGUGUACUUGACACUUCAUAAGCAUAAUCUUUUUUUACUAAUUGAGUUUUUGUACUAAAAUGUAAAAAAAAUGUAGAAUUUAAUUUUUUAUACUUAACUCGUUUGUUAUUAACUUAUUUCGAACUUAAAAGUUCGUUUCAUCAUUUUACAAUUUUGUUGCUAUUUGUACGUGUUUUUUUUUUUUGUUUUUAUUAUUUCUCCUAAUGUAAGAUAAUCAAUAGUAAAAUGAACGUAGAUAAAUUAAUCAUACAAUAUUGAAUUUAAAUAGUUAUUAUCUAUGGUAAAGAGGAGAUAAUGCGAAGAAACGCAAACGGCGAGUAGCACUAUUGUCUAUGUUUUGUUAAAAUGUUUAAUGUUGCCAGUUAAAUGUUACAAUUAUUUACCAAUAAUACAAUUUAUAGACGAAAUUACGUUGCUAUUAAAAUUUUAAAUUUUAUUAACGAAGAUAUUUAAAAGUUUUAAAUUGAUUUUUCUUAUACUUAGUAAAGGAAGUUUAUUAUGUAAUUCUACGGAUAUUGCCUGCGAAAUAUAGAGAUUUGUUAGCAAAAGUCAUAUUUAAUUAUUAUAAGACGAGUUUCAUUUAAAAUAUUUAUCGUUAUAGGAUUAGAAUUCAAUGUACACAUUCUUUGAAAGAUUUGUGUGACGAAUAAAUAUGAAUUAUAGUACCCAUAAAAUCUGUUACUAUUCGGGACACUGAUGUUUAAUAAUGGAAGUAUUGAUGCAACUUAACUAGUUAAUUUUACGUCCUAUAUGUACUCAAAUAAACUAAAUUAUAUUUACUAGAACAAGUUAUUGUUUAAAACAUAUAAUUAUGUUGUUGAUUUUCUAUGACGAUAAUAAUAAAAUGCUUUACGAUUAAUUAUUAAAUAAAAUUUAAUAGUGAUUUUUUUUUCUCUAUUUAGUAGCUAGUGCUGCUCUUGAUUGAAUGAGUGUUCGAGAUGAUAUCUCACAAUAUUAUAAUAAUAUGUAAUUAAUACUAAUGUAUUUAUCAAUGAUCAAUUUUAAUGUUAAAAUACAUCACGACAAGCAACACCUGACCUAUACAUUCCAUUUAUUUUUGUUCAUGUUAAAAAAAAAUAUUGUAAUUAUAAAAUUAUUAUUAUUAUUGUCACUAAAAUGUUAUUAAUUUUUAUCAUGAUUGUGAUUAUUAGUUUAGGAUGUGUUAUUUUGUUAAUAAAGUCAUCUUUUUCUGUACUUAUAUCAGUUAUAGCACUAGGUAUCCAAAGGGUUAAUUUUCUGUGGUUUUAUGUUAAAACUUAUGUCAUUUAAUACAUCAAUAGUUAUUAUAUACCAACUGUAGUUUAAUCGUAAUUGAAGUUUAAAUGUAAAAUCACAUGAAAUGAACAAAACUUAAACUAUAGUUAAAUAUAAUAUCUACCUACUAAUUUAAUUCUUAAACUGAAUGUUUGAUUUGAGCCGAUUCGUGUUCGAAAGUUAAUUGGACCACCAAAACGGCUUGAAGCACACAUUAUCAUAAAUUACAGAAAUUGAUGUUUAUGUACCGGUAUGAAAACAAAAAUAUAGAAGAAAACUGACGAAAUGUGGUUUUAUCUGAUUCAAAUAAAGAUGACUGAAGUAAAAUCUUAUUAUAAUAACUGUUAACAAUUGAAUAAACGGCACAAAAUA